AUGGUCCAGCUGUUUGCAUUUUUCGUGGGCAUAGCAGUUUGCAGCGCAGGAGACUUCCAAGCUGAUCAAGCCGACUUGUGCAAAGGCCUCGCAGCGGAUGAAGAGUCACUUCAGCUGCUCCAGCGGAGCGCUAGGAGCAAGGCGCAGGAGUCUGCACAUGCUCUCCUCGAACAUGAAGCAGACCCCAAGUUCAGGAUUUUCCAGCCCUCCGCCUUCUUCAGGGAGAGCUUGCAGCAGCUCCGGGUUUUCUUUUCGCUGAAUGCCACGAGUCUAGCGGCCGGCAAUGAAACCACGCAAAAAGAGCUGCGGCGGGCUGGGGCAAGCAGCUUUGCUACUGGGGCCUUGCAGUACCUGAGUCUGCUGGAUAGCGAGCUACGAAGAGCGCAGCCUGCAUCGCUGGUAAUUGGUUUGUGGGUCCUGGGCUUCAGCAGCUUCCUCUGCUACAUGCUGUCCUCAGUGGGCAGGACUCGGUCGGAGGAUGGGGCCAAGGGGGAUGCAACAUUGGAGUCGGCCUUGUCGGCAAGCUGGCGGAACUUCAGUUUCACCUGGAUGGAUGGCGUCCAUAUCCCCAAGAGAGGCCUAAGCUGCGGCGCUAUGCGCUCAGCUUGGGUCAUGGAGGAGAAGAAGGGUUCUGAGGCGAGCCUGCGGAGAGCACUUCUCAGAGUUGUUGGCGGCUGGGACGUGUUGGCCUGUUCUUGGUCAGUGGCACUUUUGGAGUCCGUCGGCCUGGUGUUGGCCUUGGAUGUUCUGCUGAGCUUGGACCGCUCCGGCAAGCCGCUGCAUGUGACAACCAUGGUAAUCAUGCUACUAUUUGUAGCCCCGCUGCUUCACCGCUACCUCAGCGCGGUUCUUGCCAUGCUGGACGGCAAGGUUGCCUUCGUUGCGGCAGACCUGUCGUCAUUGAUCUUUGAGAAGGCUUUGAGACUGCCAAUCGGCUCGAUGUAUCAUAGCCACGUGGGAGAUUCUGGCUUUGCAGCCAGUGGAAGUAGCGUCGCCAAAACCAUGGUAGCCGCCGUCACAACCGAGUGGCAGCGAUUAUUGAAAACCCUGGCGUUGAUGACUGCAGCUCCCAUCUCAGUGCUUGCGCUCCUGCUUCUGAUGAUGCUGCACAUGCGUACAGUGAGCUUCAUUUGCAUGAGUUCCCUGAUUCCGGGCUCCAUCAUUGCCUUUCUGGUGGUGAAGUCUGCCAUUUCUUUCCGCAACGAGUACUUGUCCUGGCAGGGCGAAAGGCGGCGCUGCCUCGGGGCCCUAACUUCGAGGGACCCGCAGCUGCUGGAGAGGAUUCAGCAUGCCAGGGACCGGGAACUGGAUGCGAACCAAUGGUAUUCUGUGAUGCUGGGCUUGCUGGUUGCCAACUUGCACUUGAUGGUGUGGAUCAUUGUGGUGGCCAGCAUAUACCUCAGCCUCUUGCAUCAAGAGACCUCGGCGAGGAAGAUGUGGGUGGUGCUUCAGUGCGUCACCUCAUUGCAGGCCUCCACAAGUCUGGGGCUCGCGGGGCUGCGCCGCGCGCUGGCGGUGCCCGGCGUGCUGCACAGCGCGGAGAUCUUCCUCCGGCAGCCGGAGAUGCCGCCGCCCGUGCCACUGCCACAGAGCGGUACGCCUAUUGCCCGCAUCUCUGGAAGCUUCAGCUACGAGGAAGAAGGCCCGGCGGUGCUGAACUUGGAGCUGGCCCUCACCAAGGGCGAGCGCUUGCUGGUGCUGGGCCCGCCCGGUGCAGGCAAGAGCGCGCUGCUGCAGGCAUUCUUGGGGGAGCUUUUCCCUUGCGGCCUCUCCUGUGUAGCUUGUGCCUCACGGUCCUACUGCGCUCAGAAGCCAUGGAUCGUGAAGGGUACGGCCCGUGAGAACAUUUUGCUCGAGGAUGCGGCUUCGGCUCAGGAGGUUGCGAAGCUGGACGUGCGAACGGCAGACCUGAUGCACUUGGGCAUCAGCAGUUCUUUGGACUCGCCAGUGGACGGCAAUGACUGCGUGCGAAUUAUGCUGGCGAGGCUCCUGCAUGCACGCCCGCCUGAGCUGAUUCUUGUGGAUGAUGAUAUUCUGGCAGAGUUGCCUGAGCAAGAGGCAGAGGAGGUUCUGGAGGCCUUUCUGGCCGCUUCGUCUUCUGCCUGCAUCGUGGCGAGCUCGCGGCCCUUGUGCCCGCACCGCUUCGACCGGGUGUUGCAGCUGCGUGGCGGCUGCAUCGAAGGCCAAACACAGGCCCAGCCAGAAACUGAAGCCUCCGCUCGGGCGAUGCAGCCACUGGCCGUGCUGGGAAACGCAUUGGAGAUGGCUCAGAGGCCAGAGGAUUGGCGAAUCGGAGAAAGCCGCCAGACCUGUCCCUCUUCCAGCUUGCCCUGGUGUGGCUCCAGAACAGCGGCGCUUGCAACCUUUGGCUUUGCGCCAUUCUGGUGCUACUUCAGCGACUAG